UAGUGAAUUGUGAAGUGAAAGGAAAUGCAGGUUGCCUAUCGUCGAGCUUUUUGUCCUGUAUAAAUAGAAGCAGCGAUUCCAUGGCUGGGUGUCAAGGAGCUGGCGAUCCAGGGUCCGAAUUCGCGGCCAUUAACACCGUCCUCAAAUUGAACGGGCACUGCGAUGUUCUGCGUGGCAGGUGCAUCGCUAGACCCGGAUACCGGAGAGAAUUGAGCUUGCGAGCCAUGGAACAGCUGCAUGCGGUGCGCAGACAGUGGACACGUAAGGAGUUCUAUAUCGAGGGCUCUUCAUUUGGGAUCUAUUUUUGGGCAGCGGCAGGCAGCAAUGAACCACGUCUGUUCGGCCACCUGCGCAGAGUCAGCAUCAUGGAAGUUGGGGGAACCGCCAGGAGCAGAUAUUCGGGUCCAGUGCUUAAUAAAACCAGACGGAACACAUGAUAUGCAUGCGAGUGAUCGUCAGAAUACGGGGGGGAGUGGAUUCAUGACUCCACUCGUUUCUAUAUUAAUCGUCUGCAGUCGUAUUUGCGUCGUGCUGAGGAUACGACCCAAUCGUAUUUUUUGCCCAAAAGGAAAUGUGGUAAGAUUGUCUAUUCGACUGAAAAAAAGUAUGAAGUAUGUAUAUGAAAUGAAAAGAGGGCGUCCUCUGUAUAUGCAAUGUCAUAGUCGUCGCCGGCCUUGCUUGUUUCAAACAACCAUAGCGCCGGUGAAUGCAAAAUAAAACCCCAGCGUCAAUUAGAAAUAAAAGAAGGUUUUCCAAAAUACCCAACCAUUGGAAAAAAUAUAGCAAAAACAACAAAAUAAAUAGGCCCAUAUGUGACGGUGAGCAGUGCUCAGAAUAAUUCAUCUCCCAUGCUUU